AUGGACAAUGCUAAUUUAUAGUCAAUACUAGAUUUAAUAAACAAUUAAAUUAUGAAUUAAAGCUAAAACUAAGAUUUAGUAGAUUAAGAAGAAGUAAAUAUUCAAGAAAAUAUUAACAAUAACAACAAUAACACUUAAAUGAUUGUCGAAGAAUUUAAAAAAGAUUGGGAUGAAAAAAUAGAAACAGAAACACCAAAUUUAUAUUAGUUAUAAAGAAGGUAAGUAAAUUUGAGAGGUACUUACAAGCCUAUGAAAUGCCCAGGCUAUGGCUUUAUUUGUGCAGUAGCUUCAUACAAAAACAGAUAUAUAUUCUUAGGAACAAGUCAGAAUCAGUUUUUUUGCUAUGAUCUAUAAAAGAAUUAGCUUAUAUUUGAAGAUUACAAACACUCAGAUUGGGUUCUAUCUAUAGAAAUAAUUACUAUUUAAGGUGUGGAUAUAGUUAUUUCUGGUGGAGGACUAUACGAUAGAUCCUUAUGCUUUUAUGAUUUAUCCUUAAUAGAUUAGGGAAUAGUGGGGUUUAUUAGCUAACAAAUUGUUCACAAUAAAUCAAUAACUAAAAUAUACUAUAUAGAAGACAAAAAUCUAUUAAUUACAUGUGGGAGUGACUUUUAUUUUAAAAUAUGGAAGAUCAGUAUUCAAAAAUAACAAAUUAACUAAUUUGAGGAAGAAUAAUCUAUUAGGAAUGAAGGAGAAAUAAAAGAUAGUGAAGAAGAAAUAACAGAUCCUCAAGCUUAAACAAUUGACAAAAACUUUGGUAAUUUUUGCGAAUAUUAUUCUGAUGAUGAAAGCGAAUAUGUUGAAGAAUUAUCUAAUUUAAAAGUUUCGUUAAAGCUUAUUUAAUCAAUAGGAGAAACUUCAUAAGUGUAUUCAUUUUGCGAAAGUGAUGAUAAUUUUAUGUCAUAUGGAACAGGCUAAGGAUUUUUGAAAGUUUUAAAGUUUAGCCCAAAUUUGAAUAAAGCUAAAUAAGUCAGAUCUUUUAAAUUUCAAAGAUCAAUUUGGUGUCUGUAAAGAUUUAUUAACUUUAAGUAUUUAGUUGGAUAUAGCUUUUAAACUUAAGGCAGAGUUGAUAUAAUUAAUAUAGUAACAGGCUAACACAUUAUGAAAUUUUUUAAUUUCAGCUAUAGUAUUCACUCAUUUAAAAUAAUAACUAAACUCGAAGAAAAGAAUAUUGUUAUUAAGAACAAGUAAGAUUUCAUAAAAAAAUCUUAGAACUCCAUAGCGUUGGUAGGAGCUAGUAAGCUUGGAUAGGUUUAAAUUGUUAACAUAGGUGAUAGGAUAGAUACUCCAAUAGAAUAUAAGUAUUAAUAUAAUUAGAACAUAGAAUGGAUCCCCUGGAAUCCACUCACAUUUUUUAAAUGCAAAAAUGAAGAUGAUUAUCCAGAAUUUGAAAAGUAUAAAAUCUAUUGCUCUACAGGAAACUCUGAAAAUAAAAUCACUUAACUUAUUCCUCUAAUUGAAAUUGAGUGGUAUGUUUGA